UUUUCAAGGACGUUCAUGAGCGAACAGGCUCUCCUUGUGUGGGGUCGGGGGAGCGGGCUGCCGGCCCUGAUUGUGCUGGGGGAGCUGUUGGAUGGACUGGGAGCUCUCCCUCUUUGUUUUGACUCCAGCUCUGAGCUCUCUCUAUGGUAACCAGCUGACUCUUGCUGGACAGUUACCUUGAGCCAGAGUCAUUCAUUGCUUGCCCGGGAGAGGGUCUCUGAGACCACCCCCCACCCCGCCUUUCCUGCCUUGGAGAUGGAGAAUACACCCCCCUGCAGCCCCGCCUCUGGUCCCGGACACAGGCGGCCGUGAACAGAAUCCCCUCCUUCCCCAGUCCGGCUGCCUUUUCACUUCCAACAUCUGCCUGCUCCCCCUCCCUCCGAGAGAUUCACAUCCAGGCAGACUGCAGCGAGCGAGCUCUCUCCCUCUCCUCCCCAGCUCUGCGGUAACAAAAGAACAUGUAAUUUGGCCUUUAUCUUGUGACUGAAAGCAUCAGAAUGAUCUCUGCGAAGGACAUGCAGAAGAAGAAGCUCUCAAAAGACAGCAUGACCUUACUUCCUUGUUUCUACUUUGUCGAGCUUCCUAUUGUGGCUUCAUCAAUUGUGACACUGUACUUCCUGGAGCUGACGGAUUUGUUCAGGCCGGCCAAGGUUGGCUUUCAGUGCUAUGAUCGUGCACUGAGCAUGCCCUAUGUGGAGCCUAGUGAAGAACUCAUCCCCUUAUUGAUGCUGCUCAGCUUGGCAUUCGCUGGUCCUGCUGCCUCUAUUAUGAUUGGAGAAGGGAUCGUCUAUUGUUGUCAAUCAAAGCUGAAGAAUAAAGGUUCUGAAGGCAGCAUUAAUGCAGGAGGCUGCAACUUCAACUCCUUCCUCAGGCGGACUGUAAGGUUUGUUGGCGUGCACGUUUUUGGACUAUGUGCCACAGCCCUGGUGACUGACAUUAUUCAGCUGGCAACUGGCUACCAUGCCCCCUUCUUUCUCACCGUGUGCAAGCCCAACUAUACGCUUCAUGGCAUCUCGUGCGAUAAUAACCCAUACAUCACAAAGGAUAUCUGCUCUGGCUCAGACCAUCAUGCCAUCAUGUCUGCGAGGAAAAGCUUCCCUUCCCAGCAUGCUACAAUCUCCGCCUUCGCUGCAGUCUACAUCUCGAUGUACUUUAACUCAACGAUAUCCGACUGCACCAAGCUCCUGAAGCCAAUGCUGGUGUUUGCCUUUGCAAUUGCUGCAGGUAUUUGUGGCCUGACACAGAUUACACAAUACAGGAGCCACCCCAUCGAUGUAUAUGUGGGCUUUGUCUUUGGGGCAGGAAUUGCUGCGUACCUGGGGCUUCAUGCUGUGGGGAACUUCAAGGCCUCAGAUGAUGCCACCCCAAUGAAAGCUUCUCCCAAGAGUGGCCUUAGGCCCCUGGCUCAUCUCCGCCAUGAUUCGGUUUACCAGCAGAGUAAGUCCCUGAGCACGGACGAGCUGAAUCCACAGCCCAGACUCGAAGGCCUAGAGCAGCACCUGGCACAGCGGGAGAAGAACUCCUUGAACAGCCUGAAACGGGCCAGUGUUGACGUGGAGCUGCUGGCGCCUCGCAGCCCAAUGGGCAAGGAAAACAUGGUGACCUUCAGCAACACGCUGCCACGGGUAAACACACCGAACCUGGAUGAGGCCGCUCGCCGACACAUGACCAUUCAUGUCUCCAUGGACGCCUCCCGCUCCAAGCAGCUUAUCUCGCAGUGGAGGCAGAGGCCGGUGGAUGGCCUGGCCUUGGACCACGACCCUAACAUCAGCCAGUCACAGCCACAAAUGAGGGCUGCUCUGGAGCUGAGGGCUGGAGGCUUUGAGCAGGAGGAAGUGGCACCCUCCUCCCUCUACCCCACGGUGCAGUCCAGGGCCACUGAGAGAGGUGGGGCACGGGUCCUGAUCCAGUCCAGAGCAGGCACCUCGCAACUGGUCCACAUCCCUGAGGAAAGCCAGGCGAGUGUCAGCACCUCCCCGAAAGGUAACUCAGCUCGGGCCAAGUGGAUGCUGCUGGCGGAGAAGGGAGGGAUUCCACGGGCCCAGCCCCAACCCCGCAUCAUGCAGGUCAUCGCCAUGUCCAAGCAGCAGAGCACGGUGACGGUAACACCGAGGCACUCGGAGACCUCCAGCAGCUCAGAGUCUUCGCAGUACAAGUCACCCUCAGACCGGGACUCAUCCAGCAUCGUGACAGUGGACGCCCACGGCUCACACCCAGUUGUGCAUGUCUCCUCAGCCAAUGGCGCCGCAGGGCCCUGGGAGUGGAAGUCGCCACAGGCUGGUGAGGCCUACGAGCUGAACGACCUCAGCAGGGACUACCGGAGCUACCGACCCGCCAAGAGCGGGGGCAGCGCUGGAGGAGUAUCACCCGGAUCCUCGGCCAGUGACCUGGAACAUGAAGACACUCGCUUCUGCAGCGUUGCCACGAUCAACGUGGCAGCAGCCGAGAGGAGCGAGACCAACUCGGAGAGCCUGACCGUCGGCUCCAGCCGGGACUCGACAUUAAGGAGGAAACCCAACCCGGCUUUCCUAGUUGAACGGGAAACCAGCACAGACAGCGACCAGGAGGCUUACUACAAGAAGCUUCAAGCCAACAGGAGAUUUAAAGACUGACCUGGACCCUCCUAGAGGGGCAUUCCGUUCCUGAAACAGCCCGGAUACCAACUCCCGACAGUGCUUAGCUGCUGAGAAUUGGUUAUCCCUUAUCCCCACAUUGAACAUGAUGGGAGAAAUAAAACAGUCUUUGCAAGGAGAUCUCUUUUUUUGCCUCCAUUUGCAAUACAAUUCUGUUCUUCAAAACUGAUUUUGUUUGCAGUUUGAAGCCUUUCCUUGACUCAGAACAGCUGGGAAUACAGAUCCAGAUUGAAACUUCCAAGGCCCUACAUAUGAUGUUUUUCAGAUCUUUUUUUUAAAAAAAGUUGUAUUUACUCACACCUUUCCUGCCCUCAGGAGGUCCCACAGCACUUUGGAGCGAAGUGAUUGCUUCAGAGACAAAGAUGAAUGGGCCAUUUCAAUUUGCAUGUUAUUUGUGUUGUUAUGUAUUCCAGCCUUUUGGAAUUGUAGUCUUGUAUUUAAGUUUGUGGUUUGAAAUUGGUUAAUGGUUAAAGAAGCAAGAAGUGAGAUUAGUGUCUUGUGUGGUUGACCCUAAUAGUGUAAUCUGUUGCUUGUGACUGUUUAAUAUGUUGGUCAGCAUCCUGAGCCAGGAAUUGUACUUUAUAGAAGAUAUGGACAGUAAGCAGUGCCAAAUGGUACCAACCCUUUGUGUUGGAUUGAACCUGCAGAUAUUUUCAUUGUAUACAAGAUAGCUGGGUGUUAUGAUCUUUUCAUUGAUGUGAUUAAUGAUUGUAAGCAGGCAAGCACAGUGAUCUCGCAUGACCUGCCAGGAACAAGCAGC